AUGGCAGCUCUUAAAUUCGUAAGAUCGGUGUGGGAAGCCUUUAGGCAAAACUCUGGUUUAGAACCCAGGCUGCUUGACGGACUCCGAGUCACAGCUGCCCGACCAGGAACCGUUAACUUCGAGCUCGAAAUCCAGAAGGAGCACACUAACCGUCUCGGCAUCCUCCAUGGCGGUACAAUUGCAAGCAUGGUCGACCUUGGAGGCUCAUUAGCCGUUGCCUCCAAAGGUCUCUUCUCCACUGGCGUUUCCACCGACCUCAAUGUCACGUACAUAAACUCUGGCGGCAAGGUUGGGGAUACUCUACGUGCAGAAGUCACAUGCGAUAAAUUUGGGAAGACGUUGGCGUUCACGAGUAUAAGGUUCUUGAACGGCAGAGAUGAGUUGGUUGCGAAGGGAAGCCAUACGAAAUAUGUGGCACUGGCAUGGAAGGAUGAGAACAACAUUGUAGAAGAAUUGUCCCCCCGAAAAGGAUGA